CAGACCUCAGCCACAAAGGGGCAGUGGGAGGCAUGAAGACAGGUCCCUGCUGGAGCAGAUCUGGGAGAAGCUCAAAGUUUCUGGAAGAACAGUGACAGAUUGACCGCCCUCCGUUGAUCGAGGGAAGACCUGCCGACGUUGCAAUGGAUGCUGGGAAGGGAUGGAAAAUGGGAACGUUGCUCUGGGCUGUCCUGUUCCUGGGGGGUGUGGGGGCUGUCUGCCAGAUUGGCAAUGCCAGAGAAUGCCGCCGUGCAUCCCCAGUACCAGGGAGCAGUCUGGCCGGCGAGGGUUUUGAUGUGGUAACGUUGGACCGCAAGGGGGCAUACGUGGUGGACGUGGAGAGCUGGAGACGUCCAGGCGGGGCCUGCAAGCUCUGCAGGAAUACUCUGAUGAGGGGUAGAUGGCAGCGCCUCCCCCUGGCCGUGGUGGAUUGGCGAGCCCAACGUAGAUGCUACCGGACUGUAAAAAGCAGGCUCUUCCACUCAGCCUCUGCCUUCAGCAGUUCGGUCAGCUCCAGUGUGGAUAAAAGCUGGAGUGUUGGCCUGGGGAUAUCCAAAUAUUCAGUGUCAGUAGGUGUAACAGUGGCUGGCUCCAAAUCUCGGGCCAUGUCCUUUGCCAACCGUAAAGCCCAAUCAGACAACUACAGCUUUUCCAGUCAGAAGUUCCUUUGUCGCCUUUACCGUUAUCGUCUGAGGAACACACCCCCUCUGGCAUCUGAGUUCUCCAACCAGCUCAAACAAAUCACCAGCAGCUCCUAUGCAGGAGCCCGGCACCAGUAUCGCCAAAUAGUGCAGACUUUCGGGACACAUUACUUCCGGUCAGUGGAGGUGGGUGGUUCCUACAAGGACGUGACGGCCAUCCGCACCUGUGAGGCCGUUUCUCAGGGCCUCACUGCUACUCAGGUGAAGAACUGCCUCAGUGUGGAGGCCAGUGUUAGCGUGUUAGGAUUUGGCCAUACAUCAGCUCGAGCAGGUUACUGCAAGAAGCAGGCCUCGUCCCAUACCCAUUCCCACAGCUUCCACCAGGCCUUCAGCGAGAGGCUGACAGAAGUCUCAGGAGGCCAUAGUACUGGGCACACAGACAUCCUCUUCUCCUCCAGUCCUCGGGCCUUCACCAGCUGGAUGAACAGUCUGACGGCCUCACCAGGCAUCAUACACUACCGGCUGGCCCCCCUCCAUUUCCUGCUGCCCAGAACCAACAUUCGCCGGAAACAUCUGAGGCGCUACCUCAGAGAGUACAUCAUGGCCAACGCCAUGAAACGUGACUGCUCCAGAACCACCUGCCCUGCUCCUGGGAGGAAAAGCCGCUUCAAUCGCUGUUCCUGCCGAUGUCCGGAGAACUCCUUGGUGGACCGUCAGUGCUGUGCCAAGCAGAAGGGUGCAGGGCACCUGGUUGUCACUGUAAUUAAUGGCUCCGGUCUCUGGGGCGACUAUCUCUCUGGCACUGAUGGUUUUGUGGUGGUCUCUUAUGGAAAUGCCAAAGCUCAGACCAGGGUGGUGGACAACAACAACAACCCUACCUGGAAUGCCAGACUGGACCUGGGGGAGGUGGUUGCCCACAGCUACAUGAAACUCAUCCUGAAGGUCUAUGAUAAAGAUCCCUUGCGGAAGGACAAUCUGGGGACCUGCAAGGUGCCUCUGAUCUCUGGUGUCACUGAUCUCACCUGCUACCUUAAGCAUGGCAAGGUCACCUACCAAUUGUCCUUCAUCUGUGGCCUCCACUUGCAGGGUCGCACCUGCCACCAGUAUGCCCCGAGUCCAGGGGCCCGUGAGAUCUCUGGGCUCCUGUGGACCAACCAGUCCUUCCACUCGUCUGACUCCCCCACCGCCCUUCCCUCAGGGAAUGCCCUCCUCAAAGUUAUCUACCCCUGACCUUUGACCUCUCACCAACCUCACUCCCAGGUCCAACGCUGCUUCCUAUUGCCACAGUACUGCUAUCAUACCACCCUCCCCUCUUUCCCUCUCCCCCAUUCAUCAUUCCCAUUGCCCAGAUAUUUGCCCUCUAUUCUCCAUGACCCUGUACCCAUCAUCCUCGGUGUCUCAUUAGUCCCAUUGCCCUGACCUUUCCCCUCUCACCCACUCUGGCCCCAAGGAACAAUUCUCUCCAGGACUUCUUCCUCACAUCCAUGCCCAUGAGAGACCCUACAUUUCACUCACACCUCACCAAUUCCUCAGAUUCUCUGGGCACUAGGAAUUCCCAGUGGGAAUGGGAGUCCCGGCUUGCCUGACUGCACCAAGCUUUCAGGCACUGGUGUUUGAGGGUAUAGGGUGGGAAGGCCAUUGACGACACAACCUCUCUGUAUCUGUCAUAUUGCCACUGUAUCACCCCAGCAGAAACCCCUCACCCCAACAAAGACCUGUAUUGGAGGGAAGGUGCCCAAACCAGCUUGCCAAACAGCAAGCAGCUUAAUGGCUUGAGCGUAACGUAAUUUACAGAUCCGCUAGGCCCGUGCAGGAGGUGACUGAGAGCAGGCUCCCUUUCCCAUAAUCCUGUUGCUGACAGGGGACCAACUGGAGAGUCUCCGGCUGACCUGUGUCCCAGGACGGGUGGCAUGUCGGACCAGGACCAUCAUCACAGGAACAUCGUACACCUCCCUGUGCACGAGAAGCUUUGCAAAGAGAUGCUUGGGAGACAGAAGAGAUUGUCUGAUUGCCUUUUGCCUUCUUUGUACAACUUGUGUUUUUGCAAUAAACAUCA